CAGCCCGCAACCGCAAGCAAAAUCGCGUCGGCAUCUCGCUCUCGCAAGGGGUGAGGGGGAAGGAGGCUCCAACCCUAACCCUUACCCUCUCCCGUCGCCAUGGCAGCCGGCGGAGAGCCCUCCCUGUCGCCGCCGCCGCCGAGGACCUCACCUGCCAAGCACUCUCGCUCGCCCGACGACGCCCAGCCCGAUGCCUCCCCGAAGCGCCGCAAGCGCCACCAUCACCGACGCCACCACCGUCACACCGGCUCUCCGGUAGCCGUGGCUGCCGAUGACGAAGUAGAGGAGGGGGAGAUACUCGACGAUGCCGCCGCCGCCGCCGCCGCUAUGGACGUCGACGCUGAUUCCGCCGCCCCACAGGCUUCCCUUGUUCCGGAGCACCUUAACAAUGGUGCUGAUACAGACUCAAAUGCAGAUGCAACCAAGCUGCAAGCAUCUGCUCUGCCUACCCUUCCAUCCUUAAAAGACAGAAGGAAAUCACUUAACAUUGCCCCUGAGUCUGAAAGCGGAGGUAUCCUUUCAAGUGAUGCUGAGGACACCAAAGGGUAUGAACAAAGCCAAAGCCUUUCAAAAUCUCCAAAAUCUAGAAAGGAGAAGGACAGGAGGCGCAGAGAUGACCGUCACUCUUCGUCUUCUAAAGAUAAUCAUUCCAAAAAUCACUCUAGAACAUCUCCUCACCCUAGGCAUCACAGCGAAGCUCACUCAAGGGAUCACUCAAGGUCUAGAGAGAAAAGUGAUGGUGCUAAUGGUUCUCGUGCAAGUCUUAGGGAUGGCUCUGAUCAUGACAGCAAUGAUCGGAAUCGGAAAUCUGGCAGACAUACUAUUAGCAGACAGGAGAAUGAAAGGGAAAGGAGCAGUAUCCAUCUUGUUCAUGAUAGACCUGGUGACAGACAUGGUAGCCGGGAAAGGUAUAGGGAUGUUAGGAUAGAUAGAGACAAAGUUGAUUCACUUGAAGCCACCCGUAGGCCCAGAGACAGAAGCAGGAGUCGUAGUAGAUUGGAUCUAAGGGAAUGUGCUCAGGUUCGAGACCAAAGCCGAGAAAGGGAAAGACGGAGUGGUAGUUCAAGGCAUAAAGAACAUGAGACGAAGAGGGAUACAAGUAAAGAUCGGCAUAGAGAAUCUGACAGGGUUGAUAGUGUACGUGAAAGGGAGAGAGUGAGAGAUGAUAGGGACAGGGAAUGGCAUAUGGUUAAGGGAAGUGAAUCUCGUAGAGCCAUAGAAGGAUGGGACAACGUUAGCGAUAUUGAGAGGCACGGGGAUUCAACGCGCUCAAGAUACGGCACAUCUGAAGGUUACAAAGAGAGGGCUAGAUCCAGGGAGAAAGAUAGAGAUGUUGACCACAAAAGUUGGAGGUCUGAAGAAAUGAAGAAAAACUCUUUCAACAAUGAGGACGAUGAAGAGGAGUACCAAGAGAAAAUUGAACAGCAGUUAGCUAUGCAGGAAGAAGAUGACCCUGAAAAAAUUAAGGAGGAAGCAAGGAGGAGGAAAGAAGCCAUUAUGGCGAAGUACAGGCAGCAACAAUUUCAGAAGCAGCAUAUGGAAUCCAAACUAAGUAGCAAUAAUGAAGAAGUAAGAGCAAUGGAUGGAGAUGAAACUACGCAUCUGAAAGAUGAUAAUGAUAGCAGCUCUACAGGCAAUUACGAAGCUGAAAAUAAGCAUGAUUCAGAGGUUUUUACUGGCAAAGCAGACUUCACUGUGGGGAAGUCUCCUGCUCCCAAUGAUACUUUAGUUAGCACAGGCGCAUUCAGUGAUGAGAGGAUGAUAGGUGUUUCAGGUCUUGGAGAGGGUUCUCCCAAGAGCGAGAGAUCAGCAGACAUAUUUUGUGAUGACAUUUUUGGAGAAUCACCUGCAGGCAUUAGAAAAUCGGGCAAGGAUGAUGGUUUGCAUAUUGAGAGAAAUGCUCUUCAUGACAACUGGGACGAUGCAGAUGGGUACUACACUUACCGGUUUGGGGAAUUGCUGGAUGGCUGUUAUGAAAUCACAGCAGCACAUGGGAAGGGUGUGUUCUCAACAGUUGUGCGGGCAAAAGAUCUUAAAGCUGGUAAAGAUGACCCUGAAGAAGUUGCUAUCAAAAUUAUUCGCAACAAUGAUACAAUGUACAAGGCUGGUAGGCAAGAGGUUUCAAUAUUGGAAAAACUUGCAAGUGCGGAUCGCGAGGACAAACGCCACUGUGUGCGGUUUAUUUCUAGUUUCAUGUACCGGAACCAUCUUUGCUUAGUUUUUGAAUCUCUCAAUAUGAAUCUUCGUGAGGUAUUAAAGAAAUUUGGUCGUAAUAUCGGGCUUAAACUAACUGCGGUGAGGGCAUAUUCAAAGCAGCUCUUCAUUGCCUUGAAGCACCUGAAGAACUGCAAAGUUUUGCACUGCGAUAUAAAGCCGGACAAUAUUCUGGUGAAUGAGGCUAAGAAUGUGCUCAAGCUUUGUGAUUUUGGUAAUGCUAUGCUUGCUGGCAUGAAUGAGGUUACGCCUUACCUUGUCAGUCGUUUCUAUCGGGCACCUGAGAUCAUUCUUGGGUUACCCUAUGACCAUCCAUUAGACAUGUGGUCAGUUGGCUGCUGUCUAUAUGAGCUUUACACUGGGAAAGUCUUGUUCCCAGGUCCAUCAAACAAUGCCAUGCUUCGCCUUCAUAUGGAAUUAAAGGGCCCAUUCCCUAAGAAGAUGCUUCGAAAAGGUGCCUUUACAAUGCAACACUUUGACCAGGAUCUUAAUUUUCAUGCUACUGAGGAGGAUCCUGUGACAAAAACGGCUGUGAGAAGGUUAAUUUUGAACAUUAAACCAAAGGACAUUGGUUCUUUGAUUUCGAACUUUCCUGGCGAGGAUCCAAAAAUGCUGUCCAGUUUUAAAGAUCUCCUUGAUAAAAUAUUUAUCUUAGAUCCAGAAAAGAGGAUGACCGUAUCACAAGCACUUAGCCAUCCUUUUAUCACUGGCAAGUGAAAUAAGAUGCUGAUUGCUCUUGACAUUGAACUUAGCAUCUACCUUGUAAAAUACAAUUUGGGUUCCUCUUGUCUAAUCAUCGACGUUUCUGUCUUGUGUCCUGUGAGCUAUGAGACCAAGUACAUGGAUGAAGCACGCAACUAUGGAAGAGAUGGCUAUCUGCAGACCUUGCUGCAUGCACUUAUCAUUUGGAUAUGUUCUGUUGCUUGAUUCUGCCAGGGCCUCUGCUGUGUGCACAUUUUAUAUGCUUAAGGGCCAACAUAAGAAGGUCCUCGGAUGGAGAUAGCUGGACCCACUACUCACUUGACAUGGUAAAUCCUUUCAACUCUGGAUGUCUUCUGUUUUAUUCAUAAAGAGUUCUCACCUAUAUUUGAUAAAUGUCUUUGUACAUCAUGACUGAUUUUUAAAAAAAAAAAUUGGCGACCUUUAUUAUUUAUGACGUGUGUUUCUAGUAUUUAGAGUGUUACAGUUAGUUAUUUUUUGUUAGUCAUUUUAGGUUUGUUUACUAAAAUUUGUGUAUAUGUGUCUGCUAUCCCCCCACCCCCCGAGAGAAUGUGUGUGUAACCCUUCUCUUUGUACUAUAUUUAGAACCAUGGACAUCUCAUUUGUAUCCAAGCUAACAAACGUGAGUUGAGAGUUUUAUUUUCCAUACGUUAAUAAAGAAACACUGGUGGUAUUAGCUUGUUUUGUUAUCUGGAGGCUGAAAGUUUACCGUGUAAUUUGUAUUCAAGUUCUAUUCCAUUUUAUUCUUCAGAAUCCUAUUUUCCUUGUUGGUCAGUUUGAACCUAGUGGUUCAUAAGUGGGCAUGUGAAUGAGAGUAGUUUCUCAUGUUAGAUCCCUGUAAAUACUUUCUUGUGUUGGAUGAAGUAGUUGUGUUUAAGUUAAUUUUCUAUCUGUAGUACGUUCUGGGUAAAUUUAAAGAACCAGGCAUGAAAGUGCCUUAGAAAUUUCAGCCCAUUGACCCACCCCAAUGUACUGGUCACCUUCGUUAAUCUUUGGCCCAAUAGGCCAUUGCACCAUUUUUUUUUUUUUUGCAUUAAGUUGGACCCAGUUCAAUCUGAUAUGGCACAUUAACUGAUUUUGUUCAGUCCCUAGUGGCCAAGUCCCAUGCAUUUGGUGCUUGCAUUUUUCCCCCCUAUUUGGAUCAUUCUGCAACAACUGAUUGUAUGCUAAGGACUAAGGUCAGUCUCAGUGGGAAGUGUCAUCGGACAUUUGCCAAGAGAUGCACAUCAGUUUGACACUAGAAUGACAUAGUCACUCUCAGUGCACAGUGUGCACAGUGUCAUGGCAUAAUUUCAUAGACAACUUACAACAUUAAAUAGUGCAGUGGUUGUGUGAUCAAAUAUGCCAUCGCCAUGACUUAACGAAGACCGUUCUCAGUGGGGAGUGUCAUCCCCGUGUCAUGACUUGACAACCAUGCUAUGAGAGGGUCAUGGUGAUGACCGGGAUCAUCUCUCUCUCCUCUUAACUCUGUUGCCAAAUCAGCAAUUGUGAUGAUGUGUCAUAAUCUUUAAUACCUACACUCUUAUGACACUAGCAUUGAGACUGGCCUAAGGUACUGUUCAACUGGCAGCAGUGUUGUCCCGAUAUAAUAGGGCACCUUUAAGAAACCGUAAGAAAUUGGCAAAGCUAUGUAAUAACAUUUGGGGUUAUACACAACAUAAUCUCUUACAGGGUGUUGAUGAAUGGAAAAUGAAUUAUGCUGUUUCGCUUGUAUGUUGUUUCAGACAUCCAGUUAUGGUAGACUUCACAAGUUUCAAAUGUAACUUGUAACAUGCUAUGCACACCCCGGGCCACCCGGGCCAUGGCCCGGGGUUCGGCCCAAAUUUUUUUCAUUUUGUAGUAGCUUCUACCUCUGGACUUGGAUCAAUUGCUGAAGAAGGACUUGGAUCAAUUGCUGAAGAAGAAUAAAUAUAUUACUUCGCGAUGACGCUUUUUAAGUUCUGUUCCUCAUAAAGUGGGUAUGACUUCAAUGGUAAACAAAAUAGAAAAAAAAUAUUGGUGAUGUGCCCUACUUGCAUAUUGUGGUAGGAAGCAAACGUCUGCCAAGCAUGUGCUCCCUCGGGGGACAAGAAGGCACACCCGGCCGAUUGAAGUUCUACCCUUGAUAAUUCAUGCUGUUUAGUAAUGGAAAAGUUCACAAGCUGACACAUGGUGAAAUUUUCGUGAGUACAGCUAUCGAUCAGUUAUUUACUCAGCAGGAGAAUACUUCGCUGUAAUGUGCAUAAUAUAAUUUUUUAAGUCAGUUGGGAAUUUUGCCCGUUUAUUUAAAA